AUGUUCGCCUCGGUGGGCCCUCGGGGCGGCCCGCGCCCACCCGUCGCCCCGGCCAUCCCGGAGCCGGACCUCAGCCAUCUGACGGAGGACGAGAGGAAGAUCAUCAUGGCUGUGCUGGCUCGGCAACGGGAGGAGGAGGCAAAGGAGGAGGCCAUGUUAAAAGAAGAGAAGCCCAUCCAAGCAAGAACGGUGAACCUGGUUGGGCAGAAGAAACCUCCGCAGCAAAACGACGUCCGAGGUAUCCAGCAGCAGUUGUCCAGCUACAGGGAGACAGUGAUCCGGCAGGCCUCGGCGGCGGCGGGCUCGGCCGUUCACCGGGACGAUGCACCAACCUGCGGCAUCUGCCACAAGACCAAGUUUGCAGACGGCUGUGGGAACCUGUGUUCGUACUGCCAGACCAAGUUCUGCGCCCGUUGUGGGGGGCGAGUCUCGCUGCGAUCCAACACGGAGGAGAAAGUGGUGAUCUGGGUGUGCAAUAACUGCCGGAAGCAGCAGGAGAUCCUGACCAAGCCAGGCGAGUGGUUCACUGGUCCUCCGGGGAAGACUGCCGGCCUCGGUUCAGCCGUCAGCGAGCCGUCUGUGUGCCAAACGCCCGGGGAUAAGAAGCUCCGAUCUCGCUCGCAAGCACCCCCGGGCUCCACCGCUGCAAUCCAAGACCCCAACCGACCGAGCACAGCCGGGACUCUACCUGGCACCGAUGCUCGGUCACUUAGCGAACCACCACGAGACACGAGAAAUGGACGGGGAGCUGCAGGAGCUGGUCGGGGCGAGCGGCGGCAGGGCCAGCCCAGGCUACAGACCCAGGUGUCCAUGGACCGGGACCUGCGGGGGGAGUCCAGGGAGCGCAGGGACAACUGGCGGCAGACAAAGGGACGCUCUCUGGAGCACGAUCCAGUGGGUGGAGGUGGGGGAGCGAGGCGGACAGAAGAGGGGGGUUACCACCACAUGGACCACAGCGGUGGCCCCCCUCGACAAGCAGGGCAGGUCCCUCCUGGAGGCAGGGGCCACCCUGUGCCCGGGCAGGGUCGUGGCAUGGGCAUAGGGGAGGUCGGGGACGGCACUCGACCUGGACAGAGGACGGUGGGCGGGGUAGGUGGGCCGCAUGAACACACUCUUUUGCAGCAAGGCCAACCCCCUGAACUCAGAGAGCCUUCUGGUUCAGGCCCCGGCUCAGCCCCUGGCCAGGGACCAGUAGUGAGACGGACCAAAAGGGAAAAGGCCGAGAGCAUGCUGCGCAAUGAUUCCCUAAGCUCUGACCAAUCAGAGUCUCUGCGUCCUCCACCACCGCGGCCCCACAAGUCAAAACGAGCCCUGGGGGCCGGAGGGAAGAGACAGACCAGCGUCAGCAGUUCAGAGGAGGAAGGAGGGACCACGCCUGAGUACAGCAGCUGUGAGGAUGCUGAGAUCGAAAGUGUCAGCGAGAGAGGCGACUGGGAGUGCUACCCACAUGACCCCACUGUUUGGCAUCAUCCUGUAACCUGGCAGCCGUCCAAAGAGGGAGACCAUCUGAUUGGACGAAUCACCCUCAGCAAGAGGAGCGCCACCAUGCCUAAAGAAGCCGGAGCUUUGCUGGGGUUAAAGGUGGUGGGAGGCAGAGUAACGGAGUCAGGGAGAUUAGGUGCCUUCAUCACCAAAGUCAAGAAGGGAAGCCUGGCUGACGUGGUGGGACAUCUCAGAGCAGGGGAUGAGGUUUUGCAGUGGAACGGGAAGCUGUUACCGGGGGCGACCAUGAAGGAAGUUUACAACAUCAUCCUGGAAUCUCAAGCCGAGCCUCAAGUGGAGCUUGUGGUAUCCAGGCCUAUUGGGGUGUAUAGAAAAUAUCAUGAUAUCCCAAGAAUCCCCGACACGCCCCACCCUCCAUUAGAAUCUACAGGUUCCAGUUCUUUUGAGUCCCAGAAGAUGGAGAGACCGUCCUUAAAUGUCCUAUCUCCCUCCAGUCCCGGGAUGCUCCAAGACGCUCCACAGUUAAUGCCAGGGCAACUCUCAGUGAAGCUGUUGUACGACAAAGUGGGUCACCAGCUAAUAGUCAACGUGCUGCAGGCUGUGGAUCUUCCUCUUCGGCCUGACGGGCGACCCAGGAGCCCCUACGUCAAAAUGUACUUCCUCCCCGACCGCAGUGACAAGAGCAAACGAAGGACGAAAGCAGUGAAGAAGACCUGUGAGCCCAGGUGGAACCAGACAUUCGUCUACACUCACGUCCAUCGCAGGGAUUUCCGCAAACACAUGCUGGAGCUGACUGUGUGGGACCAACCCAGGUCACCAGAGGAGGACAGCAUCUUUAUGGGAGAGAUCCUGAUAGAGCUGGAGACGGCCUUACUGGACGACAAGCCUCACUGGUAUCCACUCCAAACACAUGAUGUCUCAUCCAUACCGUUGCCUCGACCCUCCCCCUACCUGCCCAGACGACACACACACACAGACGCCCCUGGCAAGAAACUGCAGCGUUCUCAACGUGUAACAGAGGCUGAAUUUGAUGAGGGUACAGCAGUAAUGUCUAAAGCAGCAGAUGGGCGUGGCAGGGAGCGACAGCGGGAGCCAUCGUCUACCCUGGAGGUGCCUGAUCAGCAGAGGACGCCCACCCAUCACAUACGUUCCCGUUCGGUCUCCCCGCACCGAGAGGAGCAGGGUCGCAUCCGGUCGCGGCCACCCAACGUUCCCACCCAGAGGAGUCUGGAUGACGAGCUUCCUCACACUCGUCGUUCUCGUUCACCAACGCGCUACUACGACCCUGCCAGAGGUCGCCAUCAGGGGGAAGAGUACCUGGAUGACAGGGGCCACCUCCAAAGUGGUGCGUCUCUUUCCUCCUCAGUGACGUCCUCCUCAGCCCGCAGAGUGAGACAGCUCCCACAGCUUCCCCCCAAGAGCAACACCGCAGAACAAGCCCUGGUAGCAGAGGAGCGUGUUCGUGAGCUCCAAAUGAGGGUUCAUUCCAACCGGGUGUCAGCUGCUACCACCUCCAGCCAACAGGACCUGGACCGAAGCCUCAAGAACAAACAGGAGCUCUACCGGAGGAGUAGUGAAAAUGUUUCCCAUAAGUCCUCAGACAGUGAUGUCAGCGACGUGUCAGCCAUCUCUCGAACCAGCAGUGCCUCUCGCAUCAGUAGCACCAGCUACAUGUCCAUCCAGUCAGAGAGACCCCGGGGACGCUUCAGCCGAGCCAUGCGUGCGUCGGGUCGCCACAUGAUGAAGAGCACCAGCGUGAGCGAUGAGAUCUACGGCAUGGAGCACGCCGACGGCAGCCAAUCAGACACGGCACUCGGGAGCCUGGGGAGUGGGAUCAAGAAGCGGCGCUCGAGCCUCAGCCAACGUGUUGUCUCCAUCCUGCCGUCCAGACGGAGUCGCAGUACCUCUCAGCUUAGCCAGACAGAGGCGGCGGGUAAGGCGGCGGACAGACAGAAAGAGGCAACAACAGGUAAGAAGGUGGGUAAGGGCGGCAGCAGCAGCAUCCAGAGGAGCGUGGAGACGGGCAUGGCGGUGGAGUAUCCACGAGGAGGGUCAGCCAUGAACCGACAGGCCAGCAGAGAGUCGACUGAUGGCAGCAUGAACAGCUACAGCUCUGAGGGGAAUUUGAUCUUCUCAGGGAUGAGGUUGGGUGCCGACAGUCAGUUCAGUGACUUCCUGGAUGGAUUAGGCCCCGGUCAACUGGUGGGCCGACAAACUCUGGCAACACCUGCCAUGGGUGACGUUCAGAUUGGUUUGAUGGAUAAGAAAGGCCAGCUGGAGGUGGAGGUGAUCAGGGCACGAGGCCUUACCCCCAAACCAGGCUCCAAAUCCCUCCCAGCUCCCUAUGUCAAGGUAUACCUGCUGGAUAAUGGAACAUGUAAAGCCAAAAAGAAAACAAAGAUUGCACGAAAGACCCUGGAGCCGCUCUACCAGCAGCACCUGCUCUUUGAUGAGAGUCCCCAGGGCAAGGUGCUUCAGGUGAUCGUAUGGGGUGACUAUGGACGAUUGGACCACAAAUGUUUCAUGGGUGUAGCACAGAUCCUAUUGGAGGACCUGGACCUCUCAAGCACGGUGAUUGGCUGGUACAAACUUUUUCCGCCAUCUUCAUUGGUGGACCCUACAUUAGCUCCGCUCACGCGGCUGGCGUCUCAGACGUCACUGGACAGCUCAGGACCGCCGCCGGGCGUUCGGUCCUAGUGACCGGAUGGCGACCGCCUAC